CUCACCAUGCAGUACACUCACCAUGCAGUACCCAGGCAAUGCAGUGCACUCACCAUGCAGUACUCAGGCAAUGCAGUACACUCACCAUGCAGUUCCCACCAUGCAGUACACUCACCGUGCAUGCCACUCACCAUGCAGUAGCCAGGCAAUGCAGUGCACUCACCAUGCAGUACUCUGCAAUGCAGUACUCACCAUGCAGUACUCGGCAAUGCAGUACUCGACCAUGCAGUACUCACCAUGCAGUGCUCACCAUGCAGUACACUCACCAUGCAGUACACUCACUCACCAUGCAGUGUUCAUGUUUGUGUGACGUCACGUUUGUCCCGGCGGUUGUUUCCGGCAAGAUUCUUAGGUUUCACGAACGGGUUUCCCCAAUCUGUGGUCGAGAGUCCUAGUCUCUCCUCCCGUGUCUCCCCCUUCGUCUCGCGGUGUUUAACCAGUAUCCUUCUCUCCCCAGUGUCCCAGCCUCAUUGGUGUAUUUGUCGCAGGCGGAUCUAGCCACGUUAUAGGUGACUGGACGUGGCCUCCAUGCCUCCCCGCAUGCUUUGGUGGGGCCCUAUGGCCUCCUGCUGCGCCGUCUCAUCAUUCUUCAGCUUUUUUUCCGUCGCGGCCAGGGGCUCGAGGGCCCCCGUGUGGGCCCCCCGCGCCGCACGAGAGCUGGGGGCCCCCCGAGGGAAGGCGUCUGGGCCGAGGUUGGAGGAGCUGCAGGAGCUGCGCGAGGAGGACCUGAGGGAGCAGUUCGUGCGCGGGAGCGGCCCCGGGGGCCAGGCCACCAACAAGACGAGCAACUGCGUGGUGCUGAAACACGUGCCUUCGGGCAUCGUGGUCAAGUGCCACCAGACACGAUCGCUGGAGACCAAUCGCAAGCUGGCACGCGGGAUUCUGCGCGGGAAGCUGGACGAGCACAUGCAUGGGGACGCGAGCGCUGUGCGGCUGCAGCGACUGGAAGGCCAGCGGCAGCGCGCCGCUGCCAAGGCGAUCAGCCGUCGCUCGCUCGAGCGCAAGCGGGCAUUCCAGUCGCUCGACCCAACCAGCACGAGCCCCUGACGGCACCUGCGCUGCCGGGAUGUCACUAUGGGCACUGAGGCCACAACGUCCAAAGAUCUUGAAUGAAAACUAUAUUUGAAGACAAUGUUAUCUAGAAUCUCCAAAAUCUCAGACAAAACAUAUGAAUAGCUAAAUCACUUACAAUUCAGUCUCUAAAAGUUGCACUUGAUUUGCUGUAUGUGAGAAAAAGGGUGAAUGGUUCACUGGCCAACGCAGAGAGUGGUGUAGCCUAUAAGAGCAACAUCUCUUAAGAAGCACUGCCUUGCCGGGGUGAAGAGGUUAAAAGGCCUUGUAGCCCUGAACUGUGCUGGAUAGGAGCCGCCAUAGCAGUCUGUCCUCGGUGAGACACGACACAAAAUGUCUUGUGACCCCGUGACAUUGGAAACAGUUGGCCAUGUGCGAAAUCCAGUUGAGAAACAUAGCAACAGCGAUCCCCUACUGCGUCGUAAGCUUGCGAGAGGUGGCGGCGACUUGGAGAGGGAGGCCUUCAUGAUUGCUCGUGACUGAUGAUGAAGGCAUACAACUUAAAAGUUUGAGCAAUUUAUUUGUAUAGUUAAGUAAUUAACUUUUACCACAAAGAUAUUGGAACUGCUAAAGUGAUGCCAACUCGGGUAUAACCAACAAGGGAGAUAUAUGGUCUGAGCCCUCAGACUUAAGCUGUUGCCUUGCUUUGCAGUUAUUGUAUAACCAUGUUGGACAUUUACCCAGGAAAAUAUCACCAAGUCAAAAGACCUUUGUAGGAGGGUCCCUGUAUCAGGAUUUGAUCCCAAUGUAUUGCAUGUGUUAGAAAACUGGAGCCCAAAUUGAAAACCCAGAUGGGGAGGGGUAACGCAGAAUACUGCAACUUCGUGGCCCACCUUACAGCCCCAAGCCCCCUUCUGGCCAAACUCAAACCUGCGUAUCCUCCAAAAUAUGACAGUCAUGCACAUUUAAUGCAGUGUGAUCACAAGCAAAAGCAUAAAAAACAAUUACUCAUCAGUAUUUGCAGUUAGAAUAUGUACAUGUAUUACACAUGUACUUAAUUUCCUUUAAGAUUUUCUUAAGUGUUUAUGAUCGUACAUGAUAUCUCCAAAUGUGUCAAAAUGGAGCGAAGAAAACAGUCCCAUGAUGAGUGUAUACACAACAAUGUCUGUGUAAUGUUCUUCGUAAUUGUUUAUGGCCAUAAUGUUUGUAACUUGUGAUUGAAGCAAUCCAGAACAUGCAGAAAAAUGACUUCACACUUUGAUGCAACAGUGAAAUAAAAGGAACGUUUGAAAGUA